CUCUUAAAGUUCAAUUUCUUUCAAGUUGACAAAAUAACUAAUUUACAAAACUCAUGCAAGUUCAGUCAUAAACUGAACAGCUGUAUUAUUUUGUAAAAGCUUUUGAGGUUGAUUAAAAAGUACUGUUAAGUAAAGUUAGUCAAAACUUGGGGUAAAAUAAAAUUGUGUGUGUGAUAAUGUUGAUAUGAAUCACUUAUUUUCAGAGACUAUGCAGAGUCAGGAACAUCAGGAUUAGCUAUAUGUGAACCCCCCUGUUCUUUGGUGAGCACUGUAUUCUUUUGUUUUCCACCUUUAGCAGUUUGCUCAUUUACUGUAUGCAUUCAUGUUUCAGAAAUUAGCUCAUUAGGACCAUCAAAGGAAUGUAUGCACGAGAUUUGCAAAGACAACAGGCUUCUUCACUCAUUACACCUGCUCGUUACCCGUAAAGACUCGUUUCCCCAUCGUUGUCUUCGGACACCUUUUGAGAAGUUGUCUUCGCCUUGUGUUUUGACUGUCACACCGCAUGUGUGAUGGUGUUAAAAUUGCAGGAAGGUGGUCUGUUUCUGAGCCUGAGUUUUUGACUCAGCAGUGAGAUGAGAUGAAAGUUGAGGUUUUAGCAUGACGUAGGUUUCCUGUAGUGUUUCAUCACUUUUUAAUGUUGCAAAAAAAUAUGUGAAAGGACAAAUCUGCAGCCAGUGUUUAGCAGUAAAGCCACUGUGUUUAUAAAUGUCUUCAUUGCACAUUUUGUUUUUAUAGGACAAUGAUGAUCCAGAUAAACCGGACGCAAGCAUGCCAGCAAGUGAUCUAUACGUACCUAUGUCCAAACUGCAUCAUCACCGGAGCAACUAGAAUGUAGCAAUUCAACUUGUAGAACAAGAAACACGUGGACAAGAGACGGAUUAAAUCUAUGAAAUCCUAUAAACCAAAUUGUCAAUCAUUGUCUUACUGUCCAAAAUACUGGCAAAUAUAUUGUUAGAAUAUACAUAAAGUACCAAAAGUAAAGUACUUGUGUACGUCACAGAGGUGGAGCAAAGUAGCAGAAAAAAGAAAAUGCUUUCUUAGAUAGUGAAAGCUGCUAUGCUUUGCAUUAUCCUUGAGUUAUGUCACUGGAUCAUUUAGGGGCCUGUGAUUGGCGUGUUUGCUGUCUGUUGUCAUUGGUGGUUGCUGUCUGUCAGUCUUAGUGUCUUAAGACAAAAGCAGAAGCUCUAGAGCUGCACUUCCUUCUUCCCACCACCUCUGUGAGAACAGAGAAUUUGAGGUUAAGGUAGCUGAAGAGAACAGUGCAAGGAGUCCGCCGUCCCUUCAGUACAAUAGUCUGGACACCGAAAACAGCAGCAGCAGUUGCAUUGUUCAGAUGUCUUGACCAGAAUGGAUAGAUGGAAGCUGUGGUCUGUUCUGCUUCUGACAAUACCUUUUUAUAUCGACAGCGAAGAGAUUAAGCAGCUACACAAAACAGUUGGGAGUAAACCAGAUGUCACUCCAAUUUGCUCCAAUGAAACAUUCAUCUCAUCUGUAGUUUGUAAGAUCAGAAAUGAGACAAACGGAGGAGAAGUGUGUCAUCUGGUGUAUGAUCAUGUAAAGGGCUUUGAGCAUAAAUGUGACUCCAGAUUCAAACUAAUGACGCAGAAUCAGACUGUAUUUCUUCACCUGACCAAUUUAACACCAGAGGAUAGUGGGAACUACACCUGUCAGUGUUUCCAUCUUGAAGGAGUUCUUACUCUCUAUCUGAAUAUCACUGUGGAAGAGGACGAAGACGCCAGCAACUCGACACAAACUCAAACUCUAAUCCUAAGCGUGUUGAUCGGUGCAGCUAUCGUCGUCAUGAUCGCUGGAGUUAUUUUGGGGUUAUUCUACAGACAAAUACGUCACAGCAAGCAACCACAACCACAGAGCAGUCCUCCAAACAUGGAUCCGGGAGACAUCGAGCCGUACAGCACCUUCAUACGGAGAGAGAGCGGACUUUAUUCAACCGUCAGAGUUAACUGCUCGAACACUAAUACCAAUAACUCAAAGAUGUUUACCAGAGAGGACACACAUGCAGGGAAGUCUUUGUAGAGCUUCAGUUAUACUGUCAUGAAGCAGCACCUGAUAUCCACAAGGUGGCACUGUUAUGCUUUGUGUCAACUUCUGUAAUCCUCUGACUGUAUCGAUUAAUUAUCUGAGAAUAAACGGUUCAUUGGCCGCUUCUUGUCUUGAUGUCAGAUAUUCACUUCAUCAAAUCGGACCAUUAUUUAAUACAAAUGACAUAGCUCCUGAAUGGUCAUGCAGAAUUGAGUCAUCAGUUGUAUCAGGAAAGUACUUUACUGAUCCCUAAAGGGAAAUUUGAGUGUUACAGCUACAAGUAUGACAAACACAGAACAGGCCUGAGGUAAAUAAGGGAAUGUCUAAGGGAAAGAAGAACAUGAAGCGCUAUCUGUGCCAAAAAAAAUAAAAAUAAAAUGUACAAU